UUUGGGGCAUGCAGGCUGCCCUCGUUACACCGGGGGUCCGGGUCAAACGGGCAAAGUCCUGUAAUGCGCUGGGACAUGUUUCUGGCUGUCCUCGAGAAGCGCUGGCGCUCGUGCCAAGUUGGCGGGGGCAAACCCUUGGGGAGCAAACCCGUGGGGACUCCUGAAAUCGUUUGUGAGCUGCCUCUCCUCUCUGCCCCCACACCCCUUCUCCUGGGCACCCACAUCCCAUCCCCUGGCCACAUGAAAGCCACUGGGAUUUGGCUGCUGGGGCCACACGUGCCCGUCCCCGCAGGGGCACCAGGCACAGUGCCCGGGCCGCGGCUGGGCGCUUUCGGCACGGAUCCAGCCUCACGGUUGGCGAAACCCACCGGGUGCUGAGGCAAUGUUUAACCCCUGCCCCUCGCUCUGCUGCGUGGCUGGAGACGGGGACUUGGGGACACCGGCACGGCCCCUCCGACGUCACCUCUCCCUCCUCCGUCCCCCAAACUCGGCGGUGGGAGAGGAGUUGGUGACACGCAGCGAGACCCCACGGGACACCAGAGCAUCCAUCACCAGGGCCAUGGCAGCCCAGCCCAGCGGGAGUGAGAAGCCCUUCCACAUCAUCUCGCCCCUCCUGGAGAGCCUGGCCCUGUCCAGGGCAGCGGGCACCAGGGUCUACAUGAAGCUGGAAAACGUCCAGCCCACGGGCUCCUUCAAGAUCCGAGGCAUCGGCCACCUCUGCCAGGAGGCUGCCAAGAAGGGCUGCCGCCACUUUGUUUGCUCCUCAGGGGGGAAUGCUGGUCUGGCAGCAGCAUACGCGGCCAAGAAGCUGGGGUUGCCAGUCACCGUCGUGGUCCCCAGCACCACUGGUCCUGCCACCGUGCGCAAACUGGAGGAGCUGGGGGCGGAGGUGGAGGUCUCCGGCCAGGUGUGGGAUGAAGCCAACAAGAGAGCCCUGGAGCUGGCACAGACCGAGGGCUGGGUCAGCAUCCACCCCUUCGACCACCCAUCAGUGUGGCAGGGUCACGCCAGCCUCGUCCGGGAGCUGAAGGACUCUCUGGAGACCAAACCGGACGCCAUCCUGCUGGCGGUGGGCGGCGGGGGGCUGCUGGCGGGCGUCGUGGCCGGCCUGCGCCAGGUGGGCUGGCACGACGUCCCCAUCGUUGCCGCCGAGACCAGGGGAGCCCACAGUUUCCACGCGGCGCUGGCGGCUGGCCGGCUCAUCUCCCUGCCCGACAUCACCAGCGUGGCCAAGUGCCUGGGAGCCAAGAGGGUGGCGGCGCGGGCGCUGGAGUGUGCCCAGGAGUGCCACGUCAUCUCCCAGGUGGUGGAGGACGCGGAGGCUGUGCGAGCCGUGGAGCAGUUCCUGGAUGAUGAGAGGAUGCUGGUGCAGCCGGCGUGCGGGGCCGCCCUGGCCCUGCUCUACACGGGGCGGCUGCAGCGGCUGCGGGGCGAGGGGCGGCUGCAGACCCCGCUGGCCUCCGUGGUGGUGGUGGUGUGCGGGGGCAGCAGCAUCCAGGCGGCCCAGCUGCGGGCCCUCAAGAGCCAGCUGGGCCUGGAGUGACAUCCACCCCUGCCCGGCCAGCACCCUCUGCUCCCUUUCCUCCAAAAUGCCCCAAAGAAAGCCCUGCUGCCUGGCAGAUGCGGGGCCAGACUCCUCCCGCAGCCCCUGGAGGGAUGGGGAAACUGAGGCACGCAGGGCAGAUGAGGCUGGCGCUCGCACUGCGGGCAGGGAUGGAGCCGCAGCCCUGCCUGCCCCCAGGUGGGAUUGGGGUACAUGCAUCCUGCUCUGCCCCUCGGGCACGCCAGGCAUCCUCCUCCGCAUCCCCCAACCCUCAGUCCCCCUUCCCCUCCCUCCCCCGUCCCUCCCCAGGCUGUUUGGACCGCAGCUCUCCACCUCAAUUAGCAAGCACUCCCUCUCUGACUAAUUACUUUGCUACUGUCUUUAUGCAUUAUUAUUCUAAUGAUUAUUAAUUAUUACAAUCUUCUCCCGUUCCUGCCGCGCUGUCUGCGGUCGGAAUGGAACAACAUGCACGGACCCGCUUGUUACGGUGAUUUAUUGGCAGAGCUGCCUGGCCGUGUUUAACACCCACGGGCUCUGUGUGUGUGUGUGUGUGUGUGUGUGUGUGCACACGCACCCCAUCCCAGCACCCCCUUGAUCCCCUUUUUUCCCCCCAUCCCACUCUUUUUCCCAUUCCCCCCUUUCCUCCAGGCUUUCCUGCUCUCUCCCAUUCCCACUCUCUUUUGCUUUUAGCCCUUUGCUAUUGCACCUCCCAGGGUUUUUUCUGUCCCCCCAACAACAUUUCUCCUCCUUCCUUCCUCCCAACCCCGGCUGAUGUGGGGUCUUGCUCCCACUGGGGCCCCCCGGACCCCGGCUGCUCCCUGGUUUCCCAGCUGAGCCCAUGCCCUAAGCGUCACCUGGUGAUGUUGGGCAGGGUGGCAAGCCUUCCUCUGCCCCAAAACCCUUCUCAGCCUCUUCCUCCUCCCCUUUAGAGCAGAGGGGGCUCAGCCCCGGGCCCAGCUCAGCCCCCAGAUCACAGGCACCCCCCCCACGAAGCCCUUUCCCCUCACCAGGCGCCUGCCCCGGGACCCAGCUGACAACCCUGCAGAAACACCCUCCCUGUCUUCUGCCCUUUUCCCCCCUCCCCAUGAUCUGAUACCGGCCAGGCCAGCUCCCCAGAUGAUUCUUGGAGGCCAAAACCCCAUAAAUCAAAACUCCGCCACUCCAUCGUGAGCAAUAUCUUAUGUAAAAAGGUGUUUCCAGGGAGCACCAAAGGCAGGAGAAUCCUAUUACAAGGCACACUAUUAAUUAUAAGGAGUCAGCCCAACCUACUCCAGCCAUUUUUUAUCCCAGGUCCAAAACCUGAUUACUUUCCACCUUCUGCAGACCUUCCCCUUCCAAAAAAAAAAAAAAAAGGGAAAAAGGUCAGAAAAAAAAAAAAAAAUAGCAUUGAUGUUUGCCCAACAGCCUCUGAAAAGAAGUUUAUUCCCAGGACUGAUGUUGCUCUGCUGGGGCCCAGGGGGAGCCGGGAGCUGGGGUGGUGUUUCCCCAGCCUGGUCCCACGGGAGGGUUAUUGCUGGUGGUGACACUGUCAUGACCGUGGGGUUUGGGGUGACUCCCCUGAGCACCCCGACAGGGAGCUUUGCCCUCUCCUUGACUUGACAAGGGAAUGCUUGGGCUUUGGGUGCCAGCUGGGGGGGACUGGGCUUUGGAUGUCCCUAGCAGGGACAGGGGGGUGCAGGUUAUGUGGGGGACACCCGCCUGGGGGUGGCCCUGCCCCAGAUGGUGUGUGUGGGGGGGUCACCCGUGGUCACCCUGCAGCUGAAAGCAGGAGUGAACCCUGGGUGCCGGCGCCGUCCUGGCACUGGCGGGGUGCUGGGGAUCAGGACUCUGUGAUGGGGACCCCGGGCUCAGUUGGGGUGCUGGACCCCAACCUUGGCUGUGGUUAAGGGCUGGGGUAACCACCAGGCUGAACCCAGCUGCUCCCUGCAAGGCCAGCUCCGCGUCCCGUGGCCUGGAUCUGGCCCUUUGCGUGACACCGUGCUGUCCCCAGCCCUCGUGUCCCUUCUGCCCGUGCCGAGCCGCGGGUGGGUGUUUACUGGGACGGGCAAGCCCAGGGCAGCAGCAGCCUGAAUCGGGGUGAAGGUUUGGCUGCUGCACCCAGCUCUGACCCUGCGGGGGCCAGCCAGUAAAGCCCCUUGGGGCCAGCGGGUCCCUGCUCCCACUGAGCCCUGUCCUCCGGCACAGAGCCCCCCCGGCCCCCUGCACGGGGGGUGGCAGCUUGGAGCAUGCCAGCACCAUACAAAAUCCCUCCUGCAGCCCGUCUCCCUCCUCGUCUCCCAGAGAUGGGGUACCCCAGCAGCCUGCAAACAGCCCUCAGGUGUGUGCCUUGGGUUUACUAAUAAUUAAUAAUAAUAAUAAUUGCAGCCAGCGUUCACCCAGUGAAUGACCUUGUGCUCCAUUUUAUAAUCCUCAAAAUGAUGCUGGGAGGGAGUUAUUUAACAACACAUCGCCCUGUCCUAAUAAAAAGUGCCUGUUCCCUGCUAACACUGAUGGCCUGGAAGGGGUGGAGCAGACGGCAGCAGCUGGCUGCACUCCUGCCUCAGUUUCCCCACCUGUUAAAAGGGGAGAAGGUGCUCUGCUGUGUUGGGUGCUGAGAGCUCAGUGACUUUGUGAUGUCCCCAGCUCCUGGCUGAGGGAUCCCUUGGGGCUUGGCCUGGCUCGUUUGCCACCCCGUUAUUAAUGCUGGUAAUGGUAGAGGAAGGAUAAAUUCCACCACUUGGCUGAACAGAGAAAAUAUGCAGAGAAGUGGCUGGCUUUUCAUAAAUCAUCGGUGCUCCGUGCUACAACCAAGCCAGGACUUAAAAUUCAGGUCAGGAGAGAGGGACUCUCGUAAGCCAGCGAGGGAAGGUAAUUUAUUCUGUUUAUAUCUUUUUACUGCAAGACAAGGAGCGGGGGGGGGAACU